AGUUGAAGAAGUCGGAUGUGUGCAUCGUGAACUAAGCUUCGGCUCGUUUGGUCGUAUUUAAACCAUCUAUUGGUUUCGGUUUUUGAUCCUCUGCCACCACCUAGUGGCAGUGUUUUAAUUUGGCAUUCGGUCCUCCUACCGAAAGUGGUGUUUUAAAUGCUCAGAUAACAGUCGAUAGUUAUCUGAAAUAAUAAAGUCAGUUUCUUAAAAGUUCUGUUUUGUGCUGUGUAGAGUGUUUUAGUGCUGUUUGAAAAAUGAGAAAUAUUUUCCAAAUUCUCAGUUUCCUGUUCAUCGGUUAUGUCACCGGUCUUGAAUGGGAAGCAAUGAUUACGACCGACAGCGGAAUUUUCUUCUUCGACAAAAACUGGACUCAAAUUUCUUCCGGGGGACACCAGUUCCAGCAUAUUUCCGCGUUCGCUUACGACGAAGUAAAGAACGUGAUAUACUUCAGUGAUCUUAAGGAUCCCAACUUUCGCCUGUUUGCAAUGGAUGCUGAUCCACUCGAAGAGUAUCACAAGGUCGUCAAAUUACUGCCAAAGAUGGACGAAACCGCGUACAUUACGGGUUUGACCUUUGACCAUCUAGAGCGUAAGCUUUACUGGACUGAGCGAGGAACGCGUUCGGUUUAUUCGGUAGACGUUGAUAAAGUGAAAACGACAAGUGCAAAUGAGAGUCAAGCCCUAAUCAAGUUAGUUGCGAAGGUUGAGGAUGACCACGAACUUGCUUCAUUGAUAGUUGAUGAGUGUCGGAGGCAUCUUUACUGGACUAAUAGCUUUCUAAAAACAUCUAGCAUUGAUCAGUCAACAAUGAAUGGCUCGCGGCUUAAAUCCUACCAACAGGAUGUGUACCAGCCGAAGGGUAUCUCCAUUGAUCACUACAAAAAUCGCAUUUACUGGGUGGAGAAGAAAUAUGGUCGAGUAUUCAGCAUUGAAAGUGCUGAUUUAGAUAUGGAAAACCCGCAAACAUUCUUAAAAGGGUACGAUAAAGUGCCAACGCAUGUCUCGUUAGAUAGUCAGUUUUUAUACUGGGUUGAUCAGGAAGACAAUGAAGUGCAUGAAACGUCCAAAACUAAUCCCGCACAGACUAGGGUUAUUUAUAAGGGAAAUCGUCCAUCGGCCAUUAUAAUAAGAUCAAGUUUGCUGUUGGAAUUCCACAAAAACAAUCCUCGAUGCAAGGACGUGAUUUCCAAAAUCGUUGAAAAUGUAAGACGCGAAUCGGUUGGUGAAGCGUUGCUAACCGAAAAGCCAAUUGAGCCAAAACCGGAGAAAAUCGUUUGUUUAAAUAAUGGCAUUUUGAAUCAAAACACCAAUAGUUGCAUAUGUCUGUCGGAGUACCAUGGUAACUAUUGUGAAAUUCCUAUAUGUAACAACUUCUGCGUUCACGGUAAAUGUAUCGUCGGAGUGGACAGUCGACCAGUGUGCGAAUGCAACACGGAAUUCGAAGGAGAACGGUGUGACCGCAAUAAAUGCGACGGAUACUGCCUAAACAAUGGCCGCUGCUCGCUCAGUACGUCAGGCGAAACAUCCUGUGUCUGUUCGGAAAAUUUCAGUGGCACCCGGUGUGAAACGGCAAUCUGCACCCCAGACUACUGCUACAAUGGUGAAUGCCUGGUGGAAGGCGAGCAGCCGAAGUGCAAAUGUAGCGUUGGUUACAGAGGGGAACGUUGUGAGGAGUACACAUGCAACAAUUAUUGUCUCAAUGACGGUAAAUGCGUGCUCAAUAACGAAACCAUGCUAGUGGAGUGCCGCUGCAGCGCGGAGUACACGGGAAAGCGUUGCGAGAUCCCGAAGCGAUUUUGUUCGCUCGAUACCGGAAACUCGGAGCUACAACCGUACUGUGAAGGUAUCGUCAGCUCUGGUAUCCUUGCCGAACCUCAGGUUACGUACUGUAAAAACUCCUUCAACCGCACCGUCGUGUACACGUCGUUGGCUUUUGCGGUUUCCCUGAUCAUUCUGGCGGUUAUUCUUUGCAUCGUGCGGAGGUUCAUAGAGCAAGGAAGGCCACGCAUUACCAAGCGUUUCAAGGUGACUAACCAUACACAGAUGACGUCGCGACCAGCAACUCAGUGUGAGAUUACGAUUGAGAACUGCUGCAAUAUGAAUGUGUGCGAAACGCCUUGUUUCGACACCAAACUGCUGACCAAAGCAUCUUCGAAGGCGGACGACAAACAGUACUUGUUGGAUGAUAUCGAAAGCCUAGCAGGUUCCUGUCGAAAGCUACCCAGCUGCGGUAACGAAAAGACUUUGCCAUGAUCAUGCGAGAUAGAGACUGCUAGUAAGGAUGUUUUCCUUAUGAUGAGGAUGGUGUUCUUUUCUAUAGCGGCAGCUGUAAAAGUGCGAUUAAAUAGGUUUAGCUAUGGCGGAAAAUAUUGCCCCAAAACUGAAAUCUCUCCAGACGUUACCGAUAUACAAUUUAGAUAGCUGUGAACUAAUUUAUGUGAUUAGUUGAUAGGGUAAAACAGAAGGAAACAGGCACUGUUAAUGCAAUAGUAGUGUGAAUGAGGUCCAUUCGAUAUAUUUUGGCCAUGCUGAUAAUAGCUUUUGUGGGAUUUUUAAGCAGUACUUAUUUUAAUAUUUUUGUUACUCGCGGUAUAUCCUAUACCUAAAAUGAAAACAGGCGUAGAAAGUAAACAGCUCCUUAUUUCAGGGUGGUACUAGUGACUUAUUAUGAGAUGUACUUUUCUGAAUCAAAACUUAAGAAAAAAAGUGACUCACAUUUUUGAAACACGUAUUUUAAUGGUACGCCGCAAUAUUUGUAAUAAAAAAUUGUUUAGGCUUGAAGUUUACAAAAUGAGUACUUUCCCAAACUGCUAUUUUCGAAUGUAAUUGCUGGAAAUGGUAGCUAUAAACUUUCGAUAACCAUAAGAGCGUAGCAAAUGCGGUAAAGUGAUCCAAAUCGUUUGCGUCAAUUUUUCACUGUUCCUUAUUUAUUUAUCAAUUAACUUUUCUAAUGCGACGCUUACUGAUUGCAACGGAAAUAUUUUGAGGAACUCGAAAAUGUCUGUUACAUUGUUAUUCACUUCAGCAACGCACAAUUGUUACGCUUUUACGGGUUUCAAUUUUUACCACCAUGCCAGAAGCAUAGAAUAGCCACCAGCAAACGAUUUGAUAGUUGUAUAUGAUCGGGCUGUUGGUUUUAUAUAUUUUUUCUAUUAUCGUUACGUACAAAAGUGACCGGUGACCGAAUAAACCCAAAUGCGCGCGCGCAACCUCAACAAGCCAUUGAUCAAAUGUAUCUGUCAUAGUCUAUGAACCACAGUCACACUCGAAAUGUUGCAAACUGCAACUCGCAAUAAUUUUCUCUUACUGCAGCAGCUAAAAUAA